GAAGACUGCAAUGAUUGAGAAAUAUGACUUUGCAUCUGGGACCAGUAGCCGAAGUACAAAGUUGAUUCAUGGAGGUGUACGGUAUCUACAGAAGGCUGUAUUUAAUUUAGAUUACGAACAGUAUAAAAUGGUUAAGGAAGCUUUAAUUGAGAGGUCAAACUUGAUACAAAUAGCACCGCACUUAGCUUAUGCUUUCCCCAUUAUGUUGCCACUGUAUAGAUGGUGGCAAGUGCCUUAUUAUUGGGCUGGAAUUAAAAUGUAUGACUUCGUGGCUGGAAAACAGAAAUUGAAAAGCAGCUAUUUCCUGUCCAAGUCAAAGGCUCUGGAAUUGUUCCCAAUGUUGAAGAGAGAUGAAUUGGUUGGUGCUCUUGUUUAUUAUGACGGUCAACAUGAAGAUGCCCGGAUGAACAUUGUACUGGCCAUGACAGCCAUCAGGAUGGGAGGCUCUUUGACCAACCGUGUAGAAGCAAAAAGUUUAGUGAAGGAAAAAGAUGAAAAUGGAAAAGAGAAGAUCUGUGGUGCCAUUGUAAAAGACUGUCUUACAGGAGAAGAAUGGACAGUAAAAGCUCGCUGUGUCAUCAAUGCAACAGGACCCUACACAGAUUCAAUCAGGAUGAUGUCCAACGCAGAAAACAAAAAUAUUUGUAAACCUAGCUCAGGAGUUCACAUAAUUUUACCCGACUACUACAGCCCCUCUCACAUGGGUUUACUAGAUCCAUCAACCAGUGAUGGAAGGGUGAUAUUUUUUCUACCUUGGCAGAAAGUCACUCUAGCAGGUACCACAGACAAUGAAUGUGAGGUUUCAGAUUUUCCACAACCAACUGAGAAGGAAAUUCAAUUUAUAUUAACAGAGAUUAGAAAUUAUCUUAAUCCUGAUGUCAGAGUUCGUCGUGGUGAUGUCUUGUCAGCAUGGAGUGGCAUCCGUCCUCUAGUCAGAGACCCAAACAAAUCCGAUACACAAUCUCUAGCUCGGAACCACAUCAUUGAAGUGUCUGAUGAUAAUCUGAUCACCAUUGCUGGGGGAAAGUGGACCACUUACAGACAUAUGGCUGAAGAAACCAUCGAUAAAGCAGUCAAGGUUUGUGGAUUGAAACCCAAGACUCCAACUUGUCAGACCAAGGGUCUUCUGCUAGAUGGCGCCCACGAAUGGUCACCAACUCUGUUUAUCCGGCUUGUACAAGACUUUGGCUUAGAAAAUGAAGUUGCACAACAUCUUGCAGGGACAUAUGGAGACAGGGCAUACAAAGUGGCUAAAAUGGCUGGAAUGACUGGUAAAAGAUGGCCUAUUUUUGGUCGGCGGCUGCAUGAGGAAUACCCUUAUAUUGAAGCUGAGGUCCGAUAUGCUGUUCGAGAAUAUGCUACAUCCGCUGUUGAUAUUCUUGCACGCCGCACACGUCUAUCAUUCUGCAAUGCUAUUGCAGCAGAGGAGGCUCUACCCAGAGUGGUAGAUAUAAUGGCUGAGGAACUUGGAUGGAAUGAAAACCAGAAAAAGGAUCAAAUUGAACAUUGCAAGAAGUUCCUUCGUCGGGAAAUGGGUCUUGAGCUCAAAGCUGCCUCUGCUAACGUACCUAUUAAUUUCACAAAGGACGAAAUCAAUGAGUACAUUGCUAAAUUUAAAUCACUGGACACUGACAACAAGGGCUUCAUUACAGUCAAUGACCUCAGGAAGAAUUUCAAGAAAAGUAACCAAACUGUCAGCGAGGACCAUCUCCAUCAAAUUUUGCAAGAAGUUGAUCUGAAUAAAAAUGCACAAGUUGACAUGGGAGAAUUCCUGCAGAUGAUGAGUGCACUAAAGACUGGUGCCAUUUCUAACAGCCGAUUUGCAUAUGCUGUACGUGGUGGUGAGAGUGCUGUGAUACCUGUUGAACGCAGUGGCGGUGGUGUCUAGGUGUUUUCCAUCCCUUUUUUAUUUUAACCAAAUGGGUAUUAAAUCUAUUUGCACACUUUAGAAUUAUGUAAUGAUUUAUUUUAUGUCUUGAUAUUAGUGAAACAGAGAUAACUUCUUGGAAUCUCAUUUGGGAGUCAGAUAAAUUCCUCAUCUGGUGACUCUAUCGCAUGCCUGACCAUUGUUGGUAAAUUCAUUGUCAUGCUGAACACAUUGUUGGUAAGUGAUGUUUUGGGGGUGGGUAUGCUUUUUUUAUCCACAGAGAAAAAAAAAGAAUUGCUAAACAUUAAAGUUUCCACAUGCACAAUAAA